CUUGCCAGCAUGGUGUGGCUCAGGCUGUGGGCUUUCCUGCAUAUUGUUGCUAUUGUAACCUUAGACUCUGAGAUCAAGAGGCGUGAAGAGCUGUUUUUGAGGAGUUUAGGUUUCUCUUCCAAGCCUGACCCUGUAUCUCCUCCUCCUGUCCCAUCUAUACUCUGGAGGAUAUUUAAUCAAAGAAUGGGUGGUUCAGUUCAAAAGAAGAAACCAGACCUGUGCUUUGUGGAGGAAUUUAAUGUACCAGGCAGUGUUAUCAGAGUGUUCCCUGAUCAAGGUCGGUUUGUUCUUCCCUACUCCGAUAACAGCCACCUGACACAAUGCUUGGAAAAGAGACUUUUCUUCAAUAUCUCUGCAAUAGAGAAAGAAGAGAGAGUGACCAUGGGGCAGUUGGAACUAAGGUUUACCCAGAACACCUAUUAUGGAAGGGUGUUUGACCUGCGUCUUUACCGCACAUUACAGAUCACCCUUAAAGGGAUGGGAAGAAACAAAAUGAGCAGAAAGCUGCUGGUGGCCCAAACUUUCCGCCUUCUUCAUAAAUCCGUCUUCUUUAACCUGACAGACGUUUGCCAAAGCUGGCGAGACCCACUAAAGAACUUGGGUUUGGUCUUGGAGAUCUUUCCUAUAAAGGAAGGCUCCUGGUUAUCGACACCUAAAGAUGAAUGCAAGGACUUCCAGACCUUUCUCUAUACCUCCUUGAUGAUGGUGACCCUCAAUCCAAUGCAGUGUAAAAGGCCACGCAGAAAAAGAAGCUAUAGCAAACUGCCUUUUACUGCCAGCAAUAUCUGCAAAAAGAGGCGCCUUUAUGUUGAGUUUAAAGAUGUUGGGUGGCAAAACUGGGUGAUUGCACCCCGUGGUUACAUGGCCAACUACUGCUAUGGCGAAUGUCCAUACCCACUGACAGAAAUACUAAAUGGAUCCAACCAUGCAAUCCUGCAGACCUUGGUACAUUCUAUUGAGCCAGAUGACAUUCCUCUUCCUUGUUGCGUUCCUACCAAAAUGUCUCCCAUUUCAAUGUUGUUCUAUGACAAUAAUGACAAUGUGGUGCUGAGACACUAUGAAAACAUGGCAGUAGAUGAAUGUGGUUGCAGGUGACCAUGUGUGCAAAUCAUUUGAGUCUGCCUCUGUAUUUCUGUUAAUGUGUGCUACAUUUGUGUGCUUGGUAUUCAUAUAGGAGUAUUUAUUCCUUCCUAAACCAAUCAAAGUGAAUAAUUACUGAUAAACUGAUAACAAGGAUGUGGCUUAAAUGUGGGCAAUGGUUCUGUUUGCUACAGAUCCACAUUCCGUCAUGGAGUUCAUGGCCUGUUAGAAAAAUAUCACUGUGCUACAAGCAAUUUCUAAUUUAAUUUUAUAACUCUCUCUUAUAGAUUGUCAUUCUUAAUGUAUUCACACUUCUGCAUUAUCCACUAAUUCUUAAUUAAGUGCUAAUAAGGGGGUGGGGCAUCAUAUUGAUUUGCCUUGAACGUUAGCAGCUAAGGAGCAUAUAUCCUAAAAUCCACUUUGAACAAAUGAUGUAUUUUUCACUAUAUUGUAUUAAUGAUGAUGAUAAUGUAAUGUGGUGAUUGCUCUGUUUCACUAAAAUGGGGUAGGGUACUGGCACUAUUCACUGCAAAGAGGUAUACUCCUCAUAAAUGGAUAAAAUUGUCCUUAUGAAUUUAGCUUCUCAGGCAGGUUGGGACCUAACAGGACAUUUGCACUGGUGAAAUGUUGGUUACACUGUGCUUCACACACAAACAUAGGGAACACAAAUACCCUCUAAUUCCAGUUUUUGCAAUGAAAUAAUAUGUCCCAAACAUUAUUCAUCCUAUACUGGGGAGUCCCAGCACUAUGGACAUUGAUGCUGCUGGCAUACAAGUGGUAUUUAAACACAUUUGUUUUUAAAAAUAUGUAUUUUAAACACUCCAAUGUUUUUACACUGCCUGUCCGGCAUUUGUCUGCAGAGAGGCAACUUAACUUAUGCCUAUUGCUUAUCAUUACCUAUUGCUUAUUGCUUUACCAUAGAAGAGUUUCCUAUAAAGGAAAGAAGUGGGUAAAAUAUAACUUGCCUUGGAAACAUACAACCAUACAAAACCCUUAAACUAACAGUAAUGAACAUAGUAGUAUGUGUGCUAUAGUUGGAGAGCCACAGGUUUGGCUACCAGGGUCUGUCUGUCUUUAGAUAUUUGUCAAUUGUAUACAGGAUAUUUCCUGAAUUGUAAACUUAUUGGUUUUAAAUUCUGAAUAAAUCAUAUUUGGAUUUGGUUAA